GCAUGCGUCCUAUCCAUUUUCCUCGGAGUUGUGUAAAUGGCGGGGGAGCGAUGGAUAUUCACAAAAGAACAACUUUUGAAUACCCCCAGCCGAAAGAGUGGGAUAGAAAACGACAAAGAACUUAUUUAUAGGCAACAAGCUGCCAACCUUAUCCAGGAUAUGGGACAACGGCUCCAAGUUACUCAGCUAUGUAUCAACACAGCCAUUGUUUACAUGCACAGAUUUUAUAUGUUCCACUCAUUUCAAAAGUUCCAUCGCAAUGCAAUGGCAGCAGCAUGUUUGUUUUUAGCUGCUAAAGUAGAAGAACAACCUCGAAAAUUAGAGCAUGUUGUCAAAGUGUCAAAUAUUUGUCAGAAUAAAGAAACUCCAGACACUAAAAGUGAAGAAUAUUUAAAUGAAGCUCAUCAACUUGUGAUCAAUGAAAGCAUUCUAUUGCAAACUCUUGGUUUUGAUCUGACAGUAGACCAUCCACACACCAAUGUAGUGAAAACAUGUCAGCUUGUAAAAGCUACCAAAGAUCUUGCACAGACCUCAUAUUUCCUGGCAACAAACAGCCUCCAUCUGACCGCCAUGUGUCUUCAAUAUAAGCCUACUAUUGUAGCCUGUGUAUGUGUUCAUCUUGCCUGUAAAUGGUCAAAAUGGGAGAUUCCAAGUUCAUAUGAGGGUAAAGAAUGGUUUUGGUACAGUGAUCCAUCAGUGACAACAGAAUUAUUGGAAGAGCUUACUCAAGAAUUUCUGAACAUUUUAGACCAAUGUCCGAGUAAAUUAAAGAAAAAGAUACUCAUGUGGAGGUCUGGAAAAGAAAGAGAAAAGCUAAUGGACGAUGCAGAUUUAAAUCUUCCACCAGAAAAAAAGGUGAAAAUGGAGACUUCUACAUCGGGAUCAACCUCAUCUUCAAAAUCUCACCCGUCAUCUCACCAUCACACAUUAUCAAACCAUGAUCGGAAAAGUGACCAUCACAAAUCAUCAACAGAACAUCAUGCGACCAAAUCUGUAUCAGGGGAAAACACAAACAAAAAUGCUAUAGAUAGCAAACCAAAAAGUCUUUCAGCAACAGUAGUCCCAACUUUAAAGGCAGAACCUCAAACUGAAGUCAAAAGUGAGCCAGAAGAGCCCACUGCGACAGCACAGUCUGCUGCAGCCUCAACAACAAUUACAACUUUCAAAGAGUAUAAAGAAAGAAAAGAAAAAGAGAGAUUAUUAGCAUUGAACAAAUCUAAUGACCAAAUGACUAAUGUUAAACAUGAGAAAUUGGAAACCAAAGAAAGUAAACAAGAGCCUGAUGUAAAACAAACAGGUCGACAUUGGACUGACCAUAUACAGAAACAGAAUGACAAACCUCAGGAAAGUCAAAAGCAUAGUGAUAGACAUGUUCUCGAUGUUAAACAUACUGUUGAUGCACAAAAAGGUGACAAACAUGUGUUAGACACUCAUAAAUUGGAGGAAAAGCAUAAACAUAGGGAAAAACAUACCCCUGAUGUGCAAAAACAUAGUGACAAACAUACUCCUGAUGGUGAAAAACAUCGUAAAUCACAUAAACAUGAGAGUAGGAAACAUGGUGAAAGACAUUCUCAUUCAAAACAUGCUGAAAAUAAACAUGCCUCAGACACUGAAUCAAGCAAACAUAUUGUAAAUCAUGACAAUGCUACGUCUUCUCAAGUAUCUAGCAAUGAGAUUGGUAAAAUUAGAAUAAAAACUGAAUCUGGAGCAGUACCGCAUGUGAAUGAGAUUGGUAAAAUUCGAAUUAAAACUGAGCCAGGAGGAUCACCUUUAGUUGUUAAACAAGAAGCUGAGAUAGUUCCUGGAUCAGAAACAAAAAUUCGAAUAAAGACAGACCCUGGCAUAUCACCUAGAUUAAAAGUAGAGUCAAGUAUUUCACCUCAUGUUAGAACAGAAACUGGUAUUUCACCACGUAUCAAAACAGAAACUGGUAUUUCUCCAACAGUUUCUCGAGAUGCUGCUUCUCCCUUGAAAAUGAAAAUUAAAAAUAUAUCAAAGGAGCAUCACAAAAGUUCUCAUCAGUCUGAACAGAAAGUGCCAAGUUUAAAAAUUUCUUCAAAAAUGCUGACAGAAUCUAGGCAUAGUGAACAUAAAUCUCACAGUGAACACAAGUCUCAUAAAUCAAAACAUUCAGAUAAAGAACAUCGAAAAAGCCACACUGGGACCAAUGGGAAACCUGAACUUAAACUACAUAUAAGUAUGUCUGCUAUAAAUAAACACAAAAAUGAGUCUGAAUCCAAAAAACAUAAAUCAAGUCAUUCUGACAGAGGUUCUAGUGACGAAAAAAGCUCAGGAAAAUCUGGACAUUCACAUAAAAGUGUGAAAGAAUCCUCCCAUAGUUCAGGCAAUCGCAAAAGACAAAUGAGUCCUACUUCUGAUGCUAGUUCCCAAAGCAAGACUAAAAUUUCUAAAGUAGAUUCUAAAGGAUUGACUCGAUCAUCUUCUAACUAUUCUAAUGUUAGUAUGGAAAUGUCUGAUUCAGCUUCAGUAGAUGGUAGUGUCAAUGGUGAUAAAAAAGGGGUGGCUACAAAAGAAGUGCUAGACCAAAUACAAGCUAUGAACCAAGUUAUAGAUUUAAUCAAAUCUACAAAUCCUAUUCUAGCAAACAGUUUACCUGGCACUCCAACAACACCAACAUUUCCUCAACCACCACUUCCUCCUUUAUCAACACAGCCGCCACCACCUCCACCACCGCCACCAGAUGUUCCUCCACCACCACCGCCACCAUUUCAACAAUCACAAUUAUAUCAAACAUAUGGUUCAGCACAACAGUAUGGUAACCAGUAUUUACAGUCUCAAUUUGGAUAUCAGCAAUCUUUGUUUGAUAUUGACUUUCUUUCAGAUGAAGCUAUGCCUCCACUGCCAUCAGAGCAACCUACCCGUCCCCCAACUCCCCCUUUAGGUCCUCCUCACUUUUGAUCAGAGUUUAAUUUAGGUAUUUUGUUAAUUUGUACUUAUUUAAUCAUUUCAGGCAUUAUUAUCAAGUGCUAAUUUUAUUUAUUUCAUAUCGCAAUUGUUUAAAUUUGAGAAAGACUUAUAGCUCCACUGAUAUAUUUUUUCAGGUGUGUAUGGAAGUGAGUAUGUGAGGUGUGAUUGAAUUGUCUUAAAAUUUAGUCAGCAUUUUGCUGUAGUGUCUGAGACAGUUAAUGAUGAUAACUGUAGUCAAUUUUGCUGCAAUAUAGAAUGCAGGUCAUCUUGAUUAAUUGAAAGCGUUUUUGAUGAAGUAUAACAGCAGUCAUUCAUUUUAUACAAAAUUAAAAAUGGCAUAGAAAAACGACAAAUUAAUUUCCCAAGAUGAUGGUUUGUUAGCCAGUAGCAGAAUAUAUACAACAUUUUGCCAUUAUCAGAUAAUUAAGUCUAUUUUCAAAAAAAUCACUCAAUUCGAAAACAAGCUUAUUCAUGGUUCACUUCCACACAAAUGCAAAUUUCAUUUUUUAGUAGCAAUGAGAAAAAAUUUCUAGGAAUGGUAUAGCCAUUGCUUUGUCUGUCUGUGCAUCUGAAACAAAAUGUUUCUGGAUGAUAACCUAAUUUCCCUUUGGAGUAGGAUCUUACAACAUCGUAUUCCCUUACUACCACAACCAAAUGUGGCUUUAAUUCUAAUUUCUCUGUUGUAGCAAUAAUCAUUCCAGAGUUAUAACCCUUGAACUAUAUGCAAAUUGUACAAAUUGUUUCUCAUUAAAUGCUUAGGUUUGCUUUAUAGUAUGACCUUAUAACUUUGCAAAGUUGAUACCUACAGUUGUAUGCAAGCAGGAUCAAGUAUAAUUUUAACUGAUCAUUGCCAAAACUUUUAUUUUCAGAGUUAUGCCCUUUUAAUUAUCUCAAAAUGGAAAAACAGUUUUCAGAUGACAACUAAAAUUUGCUUUGAAGUAAAAAUUUAUAAUUCAGCAACCUUAUGUCCAAUGAAAUGCAGGUCAUUCUUGAUCGUCACUUGCUGCAAUUACCAUUCCAAGAGAAUGUCUGAAAAUAGUAAAAACACUUUCUGCAUUUUGGAUAAGGACAUAAUAAGUUUGCAACAUUACUCUGUACCAUGAAAUGUUGAUUUUUCCCCUGUUUUUGCUGUUGCCUAAAUUACUGUUUCAGAGGUAGGCCCCUUAAGUAUCUCAAUGCUGGUAAAGUUUGAUUUUCACAGUCCCAACUAUUUCCAUGCAACAGCCUGGUCCAUUGACUUGUCUAAAAUAUUAAAUUUGGUUUCUUGGAUGAUGACAUUAGCUACGAGCGAUGAUAUUGAAAUUAUGUAAUACUUUCCAACACAAUUUGCAGUUCAGAUUAGUUCAUAUAAUAAUAGUAUUUAUAGAUAUUGCAGCAAUAUGAAAACAAAAUGGUCUCCUGAUUCUAACUAUAGUUUAUUUUGAACCCCAUUUUAGUUCUACCCUGCGAACCUCCUCAGUUAGAUUCAUAUUACUUGAAGCUAGCAUGCUCUAAUUUUGUACUACAAUACUGGCUGCCAUUUUGUUAUUUUAGAAGUGCCUGUAUAGGGUGUUUAACUUGUUUUAUCCUGGAAAUGUCAAAGUGCAGGAGCUUAAAUAUUAAAGACAUUGAAAACUCCAGCUAUUGAAAAUAAGUGUAAUGAUAAUUCUAAAUUUCACAAUGCAUUAUCCCCAUAAUUGUAAACAUCUUGGAAAUAGCAUGAGGUCUUAUUUGGUAAGUAAAGUAAACGAAACAGAUUGAUUGGGACAAAAGUAAUAAAAAAUAUUAAAAAAAUUCUACUACAUCAAGUUAAUAUUUUCAUUAAAGAAAUAUGACAAAUUUUCAUCAAAAUUGAUUUAUACGAUUAAUGUGGAUUUUGUCAUUCCACCUGCCCACUGUGAAGGCCAAUUUCUAACCAUUCAAAUUUAACCUUAGAUUUUGUAAAUAUAUUGAAUACAAAACCUUGAAUUUGUUUUCUAAAAUAUGGUAUAGGCAUUUAAAAUUUCAAAGAAUAUAUAACUACUUCUUGUUGUUGGAAACUUCUGUAGGAUGAAAACAAUACUCAUUCAAAACUGAUGUAUGCAGAAAUUUCCAAUUGGUUGUGUACUUAAAAAAAUUUUGUUUAUCAUAUUAAAUGUAUAUUUGAAAAUCUAAAAUAAAAAAAAAAUGGUAAAAACUAGAUCAAUGAUACUGAAGGUCAAUGGUUGGUAAAGGUUUCAUGUAUAGUUCAUAAGGAGGGUGUUUCGGUGGAUUUACUUUAUUUCAAAGUCCACUUUCAACAAUCAGCUGUGAUAUCAUAUUUAUAAACAUUUGAUUUUGUUGUUAAUGUUGUUUGAUAAAUUUUAGCUACAUUGGAUUAUUUAUUGGCUUAUUAAACAUUUGGGUAAUAUUUAUAUUUUCAACAACAAAACAAUGCCAUUCAAUAGGUCUAGAUAUUAUAGUAGAAAUGAGAAAUUUGAUUGCUAGUUUCAUACACUCUAAUCCAUAAUAGUAGGUAAUGAUUUGAGAGUUUGCUUAUACUCAGCAGAAAAACCAUAAAGGUAGACUCUAUCACAAAAACCUAUUGAUUCUGAUAUUUUUCUGCUGAGGAUAGUUAAAUUUGAAAAUUUGAUAGUGGAUGAACGGGGUAAAAUGCUAGUCAUAAUAUAUGUUUCUAAAAAUAGAAAAAAAGAGAAAAUAAAUUUCCCAAAAAUGUUUGCUCAAAAUAUAUGAAAACAAUCAUUCAAAUACAAUUUAGGUGAAAUUAAAUCUGUAUUUCAUCAAACCCUACGUCGAUGGCAGCAAAAAAUCUAUGUAUAGUUAACUCCUAAUACCUCAGGUGUUGUAAAAAAUCAUGAUAAUAAGUCAGUUUCAAACUGGGUAAAUGCACAAUAUAUGGCAGUGUUGAAAAGAUAUAAGAUAUAAGAACAAGCUUAAGGAAAAUGAAGAACCUUGAAGCUUGUUGAGCUUUUUUUCUGCUCAGUAGAAAAUAAAAAUAUUUUCAGACUCUGUUCAUUGCUUUUAUUUUGCAAUUUAAUAUACACUGUCAAAUAUUAGAUUGUGUACAUUCCAAUUUGUUGACCUGGAAGGGAUGUUAUCGGAGUUGAAACCAAAUUCCCAGCUGCCUUGUAAUAUAAAGCUUAAAGUGAUAAGUGAACCAAAGCAGCUGAAAAUUUGGUCUUGAUCAGGUUUAUGUGGUUGAUACUGUAAAUUCAGAAAUUAUUGCAUGCAUUUAUUAUUGCGAUUUUUGAUAAAUGGACAAAAAUGCGAGAUUAAUUAUUGUGAUUUCAGGAAAUUUUGCAUACAGAUAUAGGUACAUGUAUCAGAUAUCAGAAUGAAAGUUCUUAUUAUUGCAAUAUUCACCAGUCGCAUUAUUCGCAUUAAUAAAACCUCACAAUAAUUUCUGAAUCUACAGUAGGUGAAUUGGAAAUUCAAAUUGAGAUUGUAGAAUUGACUUAGUAAUUAUAACCAGUUUUCAAUAAGUGGCACAAAUCCUAGAAAAUGUUAGUUUACAGGAUCAUGAACAUGUAUAUUGUUAUUUAAAAUGGAAGUACUUUGUAAGAAUCAUUGAAAAAAGCUCAAUGUACAUUUUGUAUAUUGUUCUCAUAAACGUGUUGUUUUUACUGUCUUUGUCUGCAAUUCGUAUACCAUUAUUAGUUCAUGUACAUGAUAAACAGUAUUUAUGUAGUUCAACAAAAAAAUGUUAAAAAGUAUUAAAAUCAUAUUUUUGUUAUUUAUUAUGAUGAAAAGAACAAAAAAAGUGACAAAAUAUCAGAACAUUUCUGCAUUCUUUAGAGGGCAUUUGUAGAUUUUAUUCUCAUCAUAACUGCUUAUUGUUUUGAAGUUAGAUAUUUUUUUCUAGUAUUUUGAUAUUUUCUCACUCUGAAUAUUUUGUAUAGAUAUUAUGUAUGAAAUACAGGUCUAGUGAAUGAAACAAUUUUACUGUUUUCAUAGCUUUAUUUUAGAAUAGAAGAAAACAAACUAGGGUUUCACUUAGGUGUGCUUACAUGUAAGUUCAAGUGAUGUGUAGAUACCAUUGAAACACAUCACUGCACCCCAGUAUCAAUUGUACUUGUUAAGUGUUAACAUGCUUACUUGCAACUCAAAAUAAAGAAACUGUGAUGCAUGCAAUCUUGUAAACACUAAACAUAGUGCAGGGAAAACAGAAUACAUAUUUUGUAUCAAUUUGUUUAUGUCAUUUUUAAUUAAUGUACAAUUUUUGCUAUUUUUUUUUAUGUUCAUUUAAAAAUGAACCUCAGAAGAGUGGGAUUGAUUUCGUCAUGGUGACAAUUAUGUUUUUACAGAGAUAGCACAUUUGUUCAUAUUGAUGGAAAAAAAAAGAAAUGAAUUUUAAUCAUUUACCUUAUACCAAACAUGUAUAACAGAAUUUGUUCACAAUAAAUUUAUACAAAUGUG